AAAAAUUAAUCCAAUGCCUAUGUCUUAGAAACACAAGGUUUCUGAAAGGCCGCCAAUUAAAUUUUGAAUUGAAAUUUUGAAUAGUGACAGUGACCUGCAGCUUUGCGGCGUUUGUGCAUUCUGCAUUCGGUCUGUACCGCCUGUAUAUUGGGGGAACCCACUGGAUUCACUUUCAAUUCAACUUAGUAUUCUCUCAAACUUUGUCGUGGAAGCGGUAUACACCAGUCAAGUUCGUCCAAGUCUCGUGUGUUCAGUGAAAUUUUCGUUCCAGGACUUUACGAAACAUAGAGGCGACAAGACGUAGAUCAUGUGGGCACGCUUUUUUGGCGCACAUGGGGAGUUCUGUGCUUCGCAUCCGUGGGAAGUAAUAGUAGCCACGCUAACUUUAACGACAUGUAUGUUAACUCUUGAUCAACAGCAUCCGGCACCACCCCCUAAACCGUCUUUUAGAUUUUGCGCAGGGUGCUUAAACGAGAAUGAAUAUAACGCUGCAGAUGUAAUUGUAAUGACAAUAAUACGCUGUCUGGCUGUACUAUACGUUUAUUAUCAAUUUUGUAAAUUACAAAAAUUGGGCUCAAAAUAUAUACUAGGCAUAGCAGGUCUAUUCACCGUAUUUUCGAGCUUCAUAUUUACGUCAACGGUAUUAAACAUCUUACGUAUCAACGUUGUGGAUCUCAAAGAUGCACUGUUCUUUUUCCUUCUGUUGAUCGAUUUGUCAAAAGCUGCUAUGCUCGCUCAAUUCGCUAUGAAUGCCUCUAAUCAGAACGAAGUAAAAAAUAAUAUUGCCAAAGGUAUGGCCCUUUUAGGACCAACGAUCACGCUGGAUACUAUUGUCGAAACGCUAGUUAUUGGAGUCGGGACACUUUCUGGGGUACAUCGUCUUGAAAUGCUAUCAUGCUUUGCGUGCCUAUCAGUAUUAGUCAAUUACAUCGUUUUUAUGACAUUCUAUCCAGCCUGUCUUUCUUUAAUAUUAGAGCUGUCUCGGAACACUUCCAUGUAUGGCAAAAAUAGCAUUUUAUCGAGAGCAUUUCGUGAAGAGGACCACAAAUCGAACCCUGUUGUACAACGCGUUAAGCUUAUAAUGUCUGCUGGAUUAAUGAUCGUACACGCACAUAGUAGGUGGCCAUUCAGGGAAGACGAUACAGAUGAUAUCGGCACAUUGGUCGUUGAACAACGUAUGACUUUAAAUCGCACCGAAGAAAAUGCUCUACAUGGAUAUAUAAUGAAAUGGCUGACUUUGAGUGCUGACCAUAUAGUAAUCCUCAUUCUGUUGCUGGCUCUAGUCGUCAAAUUUAUAUUUUUUGAAAACAAAGAAGAUUUUACGGAGAAAAUAAAAGCGUCCAUGUCAGAAAACCUGGACUCCUCAGACAAAACCGAAUUCUUGAAGCUGAAUCAACAGCUGAAAAGUAAAUAUUUGCCCGAAACUCCAGUUUUCAAACAUUCCGAAACGUUCUUUUUGGGCAGAAGAUACAGCGACGAUAAAUCUGAUUCUUCAAAUGAGGUGGAAUUUGAGGAUAAGUCAGUUCAAACAAUCUACUGCCAGUUAGAUGCUGAAAAAUUGUCUGAUGUUCCUCAUGAUGAAGAAAGUUGCAGAAGUUUGGAUGAGUGCUUAGCUAUCUACAACAAUUCAGAUUUGGGUGCUGUUUCUCUGACAGACGAAGAAGUGGUGCUUCUAGUCCAACACAAACACAUCCCCGGUCAUCAGAUAGAAAAAGCUGUGGACAAUCCAGAGAGAGGUGUUAAAAUAAGAAGGAAACUUUUGUCGAAUGAAGCUAAACUCAAUAAUAUUUUGGUGGACCUGCCUUUCAAAAAUUACGACUAUAGCAAGGUUAUGGGGGCUUGUUGUGAAAACGUCAUUGGUUACAUACCAAUUCCGGUAGGAUAUGCAGGACCUCUUCUACUUGACAAUCAAGAGCUAUACGUACCUAUGGCCACGACUGAGGGAUGCUUGGUAGCCAGUACAAACAGGGGUUGCAGAGCAUUAAAACAGGGAUGUCUUACUAGUAGAAUAGUUGGAGAUGGAAUGACUAGGGGACCUGUAGUAAGAUUUCCUUCAUUGCCAAAAGCAAGUGCCGCAAUGAAGUGGAUAGAAAAACCAGAAAAUUUCGCGUUAAUGAAGGAACAAUUCGAUUCCAGUAGCAGAUUCGCAAGGCUUACGAGAAUCUUAAUUAGAAUUGCCGGAAGAUACCUCUUUAUUAGAUUCGUCGCCAAAACUGGGGGACGCUAUGGGAAUGAAUAUGUUAUCAAAAGGCACUGAAAUUUCACUUAAAUAUGUACAGAACGAAUUUCCCGACAUGGAAAUCCUUAGUCUCAGUGGGAACUUUUGUACUGAUAAGAAACCGGCUGCUGUAAAUUGGAUUGAAGGUCGGGGAAAAUCAGUGGUAUGUGAAGCGGUAAUUCCAUCUAAAAUAGUAACGACAGUAUUAAAAACAACUGUCACCGCCCUAGUAGACGUGAACUAUUCGAAAAACAUGAUUGGUUCAGCAAUAGCAGGCAGCAUAGGUGGAUUCAACGCUCACGCGGCAAACAUAGUCACCGCAGUAUUCUUAGCCACUGGCCAGGAUCCCGCCCAAAAUAUAAGCAGCAGCAACUGCAUGACCCUAAUGGAACCUAGCGGUGCAUCUGGAGAAGAUUUAUACAUAUCUUGUACCAUGCCGUCUAUGGAAAUUGGAACAGUAGGUGGAGGAACUGUCUUGCCUCCACAAGCAGCUUGUCUAGAAGUGUUGGGAGUCAAAGGCGCUAAUAAAGAAAAUCCCGGUGAAAAUGCUAGUCAACUAGCUAGAAUAGUCUGCGGCCUUGUCCUAGCAGGUGAACUAUCCUUAAUGGCUGCUUUAGCAGCGGGCCAUCUCGUCCGCAGCCACCUCAGACACAACCGGUCGACCGCGCUCUUAGGUGAGAAUACGAACUUUGAUUCUUUAAAGAAAGAAAAUUUCCUUACACCGCCUUGCAAAGAUUACUGACAGCGACUUUGGAAACUUAUACAGAUUUGAAAGACGUCUCUAAACAAGGCUAACGGGUGUUAAUCCGGACUUUUACGAUUCUAAUGCAGCAUGUUUGUUGUUUGUGCCACAUAGCUCUAGAAGAUGUCUGA